AUGAGCGAUUCUUCCGAGGACGACGAGCCUUUCAACCUCCGCGAUUACGACGACGAUGACACCGACGACGAGAGACCCAACAAGCGGAGGAAAACAAUGAAAACGUUGCGCAGUCGUGGUCUGGGGUUCGUGAAGUCGACUGGCCAAGACGAUGAUCAAGAGGAGGAAGAGGAUGAGGAUGAAGACGUCGACGAUGAGAGGCCGUCCAUGGGCCUGGGCUCCGGGAUGGGCGGCUUCCGCAGUUCUUUCAACAUCGGUGAAUAUGAUGAGGAACCAGAACCUGCCGCUGCGACGCCCAGCAUGUCUCCUUUACGGCAGCCAGAAAAGACGGCCGGCACAGGCCCAUCGGCCUUUGGGACAGGCGGCAGGAUACAGAAGAACUCUUUUGCGGCCCGGAUGAUGGCCAAACAUGGAUACGUCGAGGGUCAAGGUCUGGGUAAGGCAGGACAGGGUAUAACGGCGCCCAUUCAAGCCAAGGUGCUUCAGAGUCGCGCUGGUUUGGGUCAGGGCAGCGGUACACCGGAGCCUCCACGCAAGAAGACCGAGUCAGGACGAGAUAAAGCGUCGUCGAAAGGGUCUACACCUGGACUCAGCACACCGAGAAUCAAAGCACGCCCGAAGGCCAAAUAUGCAGUCACGGCAAUCGAGUCCAGAGGCCUUCACGUCCCCGAGGCCAUGAAGCAGAUCAUCGUCGAUGCCACAGGCUCCGAGACCAAGACUCUAACCUCUCUAUCCGGCUUUUCAACUCCAACCCGGCAAGCCUCGCCUGACCCCAAUCUGGAAGUGGCCAAGGCAACUGCUCGCAUCAAACUACAACUGCAGGCCUUUGCCGACGCCUGGGAUGCGACUAAAGAGCAAGAAACCCAUCUGGAGCUGGAGGAUACCCAACUCGGUGCCGCGCUGGCGCUGCACGAAGAAGAAAUCCAGCGCUACAACGACAUAAUAUCGGCAUUUGAAAGAGUCAAUGUUGAUGAUUCCAACGAGUCGCGCGAUUGGGAGACGUCCAUCGCUCGCCUACAAGACAUCCAAGCACGUUUCACAAAUUAUAUCUCCGAGCUGGAUUUACCAGAGCUGGCAGCAUCAUGUCUGGAAACGCCGUUCCGUCGGGAAAUGGCUGACUGGGAGCCUCUGUCCGAGCCCACAAUCCUGGUCGUGUCGUUACAAAGCAUCGAUCAACUCCUCGAGCUCGAAAAAUCCAUCACAUCAAGAUACCGCAAGCGCACAACGCCCUUCGAAUCGCUACUCCUGUUGCAUUGGUACCCCCGGGUUCGCAGCGCAUUGGGGAGAGACUGGGAUGUCUACGAUCCCGAUCCAGCAUACAAACUCAUCACCGCAUGGUCACCAAUCCUGCCAGCCUGGCUCGUGUACAAGGUCAUCCACGAGACCAUCCUCCCCAAACUAAUCGAAGCUGUCAAGCGCUUCCCAAAGACCGUAGAGUCCAGCAGCCUCGAGGCCAGCCGAAGCGGCGGCAUUGGCGGACGCAAAUCAAAACGAUCCGCCCCAGACCUUCACACCUGGCUAUUCGACUGGUGGACAUUGCUAUCGUCCGACGAUCUGGACCUGGAACGGUUCGCAGAGUUGAAGUCGCUGGUGAAGAUGAAAGUCGACAGCGACAGUUGGCCGACCUGGAAGCCACUUCUCGGAUCACGCCGGCCGAAACCACUGGCUUCCAAACCCAGGGACGUCCCUGCAACUGGUGCGCCUGCUUCGGCUGCUGCGGACUUGGAAGAGAUUACGUUCAAGACGCUGGUAGAGGACUGGGCCAGCGAGAACAAUCUGCUGCUGCAUUCCUCGCACAAAUCUGAUGCGUUCGGACGGCUGUUGUACCGGUUGCAAGAUGCCGAAGGGCGCAGCAGAGGCGUACUCGUCUACCUGCAGGACGAUGUGGUCUUUAGCGAGGACGGCGAGCCUUUUGCCUUGGAUGACCGGCUGGUUAAGCGGGCAUUGGGACGGCCAUGA